AUGGAUUUGAACAGCACUAAAAGUGAGUUUUUAAUCCAUGAACAUAUCCUCCAUACCCCUCUUCCCAUUUUCUCUUCAUCGGGCAUACUACAAAAAGAAACCUGCCAAGGCAGGAUUAUUUACAACCAGAGUCAAAAGGAUAUCCUCCAAGAAUGGUUUAAACAAAACCCUUACCCUGACAGAGCUACCAGGAAACAAUGGGCCAAAGAAAUUGGUAUUUCGGAUUCCAAAAUUCAGGUCUGGUUUAAAAACCACAGAUAGAAACAGAGACAAUUGGAAUUGGGAUGCUCCUUAGGAAAAGACAAAACCCAAGGACAACACCAUCAUCAGUCUUGGACUCAAGGUGAAAAAAAAAACCACUGGCUCAAAUGCAUUUCUUCAGCGGGUCCCAGUGAAAAUGGAAACAACUCGAAUACUUACCAACAGCAGCCAGACAAGACUGUCCCAAGAUCUCAAUCACAAGUCCUACUUCAAGCCUUUGAGAGGAACCGAAUGCUUGAUAUUACAACCAGGAAAAAACUGGCCAAAAAAACAGGCAUUCAGGAACCAAGAAUUCAAAUGUGGUUUCAGAACCAAAGAUCCCUAUACCCAGGGCAGAGCAGAAGUGAGUCCAUGAAUUCCUUGGCAGAUGGCCCAAAUGGAAGACCAGAUCUGACAGCUCAACAGUACCAAAUUCAUUUGUCCACUCCCCUGGGCAGGUCUCAUCAAUUUGCUUUCUCCAAUUCUUUCAGCAGGAACCAAACAUUUCUACCUGCUCCUGUCCCUUGUGUGAGCCAAGGACCAAGUGUCAUGAUAGUGCAGCCUACACAGGCUACGCAGGGAGAGAUUCUCUACUGACCCUUAGGAACUACCUACCAAUAUGCUCAACUUCAGGAGGGGACCUCUGACACUCAGACCCUUUUCUGGUUCCCAAACCAAGAAAAAUGCCAGAAUCACAUAGAACAGACUGGCACAGGAGUAUUGCAGUUGAAGGACUAUUCUGAGCCUCGGCCUGAGCAUCAACACCAGUCGCAGGAUCUGCCACAGGUGGACAUAACUCACGUUCUGCAAAGGUGGGAUGAGGUCUGCCAGGCUCUGAUAGCAAAAUGGGAUCCUCAAGAAGGUACAUACUGAGAUACACACGGCUACAGCACACAGUCAGGUGAAGAACUAGCCCACUCCCUCAGCCAACUGCACCAGCAAUGUGUAGAAACCUCAAGCCUUAUGUCAGCUCCUGUUACCCACAGAUGUUGAGGGAAAAGUUACCUUUUCUGAGUCCCAAUCCACAGA